UGUGUGACUGGCGAUGCUUUCUUUUCUCAGCCCAGAAAGUGUUUGCUUUGACAGGCUAUAAGGAGAAGCUUAGCUUUUUAGCUAGCGAUUUUGUGUGUCAUAUUCGAAAAGAACAUUGCRAGAGUAGAAAUUGAACGCACGUCAAAUUCCUUUAGUUUACAUCCUGGUUUUCACACAAACAAGGAAAGGCUGCAUGGAGACAUCAGCUGCUGUUACGCGGGAGAAGGAAGCGCGUCCACCUCCAGCAGCCAGUAUGUCCCUGCCAUCCUACAAAGACUAUCCAGCUCACUGUCCAUUCAUCAACACAUUUGUACAUCAUGAACCCCAAACAAACACUCGGUAUCGUCCAGCAUCACCCAGCAAAGCUUUCCCAGAAACRAGCAGCGCAGCGAUCUUAUCUGCCUUGAGGAACCUCCAGGAGAAGAUCAGGAGGUUGGAGUUAGAGAAAGAGCACACAAAGCUCAGCCUGCGUACUACAGGGAAACACACUUCACAUAAACUUCUUCAGAGUGAGAGCGAUACACAGAGACACUUAAAUGAUCAAAAAGAUAGAGAAAUAAAGGCUAAUGGCCAGUCCAACUGCAACCAAGCGUUGAUCACCCACCUGGCAGCUGCAGAGUCUCGCUGCGAGAAGCUGGAGCGACAGCUGGAGCACAUGAGGAGGAUGUUGCGUAGUACCAGAGCAGAAAAGCCCAGCCUUCUCAGUCAGCAGGCUUUUAUGGAGAAAGCCAGCGCAGCUGAUCAACAGCCUAACGCAGUUUCUGAACAUGCCCAGUUGGAAAAACUGGAGCGACUCGAGCGAGAAUAUCUCAGGAUGACUCGAACGCAGACAACCGCUGAGGGGAAGAUUCGUGAACUGGAGAGGAAGCUCCAAGAAGAGGAGCAUCAGAGAAAGCUCAUCCAGGACAAAGCCAGCCAACUACAAAGCGGUUUAGAGGCCAACAGGAUCUUGCUGCGGUCCGUGUCUCCACGUCUGUCCAUCAGACAAGCCAGAGAGAAGAAACCAGAUUCAAAGAAAUGUUCUCCAGAGCGCUCGUCCCAAACAGAACCACACUACAGACUCAGCCUGAGAGAUGUACCUUUUGUUACUGGAACGUCAGCAGGCUGCAGCCACUCAGUCAGAGCCAACGUUCAGGCCGUGCUGUCGCUCCUGAAGUGUCACCAGCCCUGCCUCUGCAACAGCCGCGUCCUCUCUGGCAAAACGAGCCGCUCUGAGAAAGGAAGCCGCGACCGUUCAGGCAGCUCCUCCUCCUCUUCGUCUGUUAACGGAGAGGAUAUAUCGGAGCUGCUGCAAGCCCUGCAGGAGGAGCUGCGGCUCAUGAGUUUGGAGCAGGAUGAGUUGAUGAGGCAGGUGGAGGACAGCGUCUCUAAUGAGGAACGGAAAGCUCUUCAGAGGGAGCAGGAGAGGCUGUUACUGAGAAUGGAGCGGAAAGGGGAACAGAUCAGUAAGCUCCACAAACACAAAUCACAGAUCAUGAAGCUGAGAAAGGAAGCUAAAUCCAGACCAAACAGCGGGAGCAAAGGACGAGUUCCCGCCAGAGGUCGCUCUGUCAGAUCUCUCAAAGUUCAGCCAGGAGAGAGAAGUAAGAGGAACCUGAGGCUGCUGAAGGACAUGAAGGCUCUGCAGGCCUCGUUACAGACCUGAAACUAACAUGAGGUUGAUCUUUACUUCGCUGUCGGUGUAUUAAUUCAGCUUCUGUCUAAAGAAAACUAACGCUACACAAACUACUCAGACUUAUGACUCAUCAUCACAUGAUGAUUUCUCGUAAAGGAUUUGAUUUGUUUUUACUAUUUAAAUCAGUUUGACUUUUUGUUAUUGUUCUUUCUUUGUGCCUUUUAUAAGAAUCAAUCAAACCAUUUCAAUGAGCAUGAAGGAUUUAAAUUUUUAUUUACUCUCCCGUUGUUGUUUUUAGCAGCUCCUUUUUCUGACCAGCAGAGGGUYUACAAGUUCAAUAUUCAUAUAAAACUCAUAAAGCUUGGAGAACAUUGUAUAAUUUCUUUAUAGUUGUCUUUCCUCAUUGAAUGUUUAAACACUAUUACUAGUUUUACAGAGUGUGAAAACUUAUAUUAACAGAGACCAAGAUUAUUUAGCAGAAAAACAACCCUGGUUUAAUUGGAUUUAAGUAGGGUCCACCUUCUUUGGAAAUGUAAAGAAAUUUCUUCCUGUGCAAUUUUGCAUUUUAAAACCAAAAUGAAAGCAAAAGACUGAGGGUAAAUAAUUACUAUUUGUAUAAAAUUAGCACAAAAAGUUAAGAAAUUUGUAUUUGUAACAAAGCUUCUUGGCUAUAAAUUUUAUACCAUUGGAAAGUGUUUCUUAAAUGGGGCAUAUUUUGAACUCUUUAUACCCCUGAUUAAAAAAAUACACCUCUGUUUUCUGGUGUUGAUUUCAGUUCAAACCAUUUUAUUCACUAAAUGAGCUUAAAUGAUUUAAAAAAAGAAGUGCAUUAGCCUACAAAUUAAUUCAUUUUUGAAUAAAAUGGCUGCAUGGUGUUGGAUAAAACUUAAUAUAUGGUUUAAUAUUUGGACAACAUUCCUAAAAAGGGAGGUAGAUGGGGAGUUAAUCAAAACAAAUAAAUUACGUUUUUUUUUUUCUCUGAAGGGAAAUCACGCAGCAAAACAUCCAGAUGAGAUAAAAAACUUGUGAAGGUGUUUGAAUCAGGUGGAGAGCAAAGUGUCCUUUUACUGUAACUCUGUGUGUGAGCAUCUACAGCAGCACUGAGACGAUCUUUAUGUCUGAGUGAAUCUGCAGAUUAUUUAGUGUGUUAAAUUGAUGAGUGAGACAAAAAACUGUUUUUAUUUCAGCUUCAUUUAAUUUAACAGUUUACAAAAACACUGAUGUAGUGUUCAGGGACUACUGAAGUUUUCCAAAGAAGCCAUUGACUAUGUUUUAAAUAUCUAUCUAAAUUUAUAUAUUUUGAAAAAAAUCAACAAAUACAUAAUCCAUUUUUUGACAAGAAGCUAAGAGCUGAAUAUUAAUCUGUUUGCUUGAGAAAUAAAGCAUGUUUGCAGAAAA